CAUCUCUGCCCGGCUUGUCACCCUAUAUAUCUCUGUAAUAAACGGCGCCAUGCAGCUUGUGGGACUACAUUUCCCAGCAUGCCCUGGUAGCCAUACCUGACCUGAAAUGUAUGCUUGAAGUCAGCUGGCCACAGAACCUAUGUUAUACAUGAGUGUACCGGUAUAAAGGGAUAGUAUGCAGGAUGGCGGUGGAAUUACAGGCGGUGGUGAUGGCCUAUGGUGGUGGUUCCCGAAUGAUGGACCUUACCUCCAGUAUCCCGAAGCCACUCCUGCCUGUGGGCAACAAACCGCUCCUGUGGUAUCAGCUGAGUAUGUUGGAACGAGCUGGAUUUGAGGAGGUUAUUGUGGUGACUACUCGAGAGGUUCAGAAAUAUGUUCCAGACAUGAAAAUGAAGGUGGACGUUGUGUGUCUGCCUGAGGACAAGGCAUCCGAGAUGGGAACAGCAGAUUCAUUGCGUUACAUCUAUUCAAAGAUCAAGAGCGAUGUUCUGAUUGUCAGCUGUGACCUGAUAACAGAGGUGGCGCUGCACGAGGUUGUUGACCUGUUCCGGGCGCACAAUGCCACUCUCUCCAUGCUGAUGGGGAAAGCGUCAGAGCCCAGCGAGCACAUUCCUGGACAGAAAGGGAAACAGAAAGCCGUGGAAGAGCGAGAUUUCAUCGGAGUGGAUGACAGUGGAUCCCGACUGCUGUUAUUGGCAAACGAGGAGGACUUGGACGAUGGUCUGAAUUUGAAGAGGUCCAUCUUCCAGAGAUACCCCCGGAUUCGCAUCAAGAUGGGAAUGGUGGACGCGCACCUGUACUGCCUGCGCAAAUACGUGCUGGAUUUCUUAGCUGUCAAUGAAUCUUUCUCUUCCAUCCGACGGGAGCUGGUGCCAUACCUGGUCAGGAAACAGUUCUCCUCUGCACACAAGAAGAAGGAGCAUGAAUUGGGCAAAGAAACGAGGACACCAGACAUCUACAGUUUUAUACCACGGGACGAACUGCUGGAUACGGCAUUAAGCAAUUCAAGCUACGGUAACAACCGGAUCGACCUGCAGGAGCCGUACCAGGGCAGCCACCUGCGCUGCUACGUCCACGUGGCAAAGAGCGAGCUGUGCUUCAGAGUGAACAGCCUGGCAAUGUACAUUGAGGCCAACAAGCAGGUGCCGCAGUGCUCGGUUUGUAGUGAAGAGCCCCGUGUCCAUUUGUCUGCUGUCCUCACCGACAAGCUCAUGGUGGGUCCAGACAGCAUGAUUGGGGCCCAAACCCAGGUCGGAGAGAAGACCUCUAUAAAGCAUUCCCUUUUAGGUUCUAAUUGCGUCAUCAAAGACAGAGUGAAGAUCACAAACUGUAUUAUCAUGAACGGAGUAACAGUACAUGACAGCUGCACUAUCCAGGGGAGCGUCAUCUGUAACAGCGCAGUCUUAGAGAGCGGCGCUGAUAUUAAGGAUUGUUUGCUGGGGCCAGAUCUGCGUAUCCACAGUAAAGCAAAACGUGUUAACGAGAUCAUUGUUGGAAAUGAGCAAUUAAUGGAGUUCUAACCCCAGAAGAAGAUCCAUGUUCCAGAGUCCUCCCCCCAAGCCUGAUUUAUUUAUAUGAGAAUAAAGGAUUUGGAGCUUUC